CAUUAGCGGCCGCCGAUCGGGACCACCCAACUACUACCCGGUAUCGAACCUUUCGCCUUGAGCCAGGACCAACAUCCCGGCCAUACUCAUGCCUUGUGUACAACUCAACUCGAUUUCCUCCGCCCUGGACAGGUUUUGCAAGAUGGAGACGCAGAGCAAGUGUAUCCUUCUCAUUGCGGUCUUCACGGCCGUUCUGCCCCUAGAACUGCACCACCUGGUGGCGGCAGUUCUGGGAGCUGCUGGAUACAUGUUCAUGCAGUGGUUGGAGCCGAGCGUCAAACGCCAAGUCCCACGAAAGGACUCGGACCGCCGACUGCGCAGCCUCCGCACCGAGCGUGGCGUGGAGCGUGGCUCCGCGGCGCCGCUGUUGGGGCGAGAGCUGCGCAGGGAGCGGCGAGGCUUUACUCCAGUUGAAAACCAGAAGUGGAGUUCGCUUCGCGCAGUUCCGGCGCCUGCAUCGCUGGUGAAGCCUGAAGUGAAGCGUCCCAGCGUGAUGCCUGUGAAGGCACCGAAGUUUGCUGCGGGAAGCUGGCAGGAUGAGGUGCACGAACUGCUUCAGAGUUUGAAGCCGAAUGAUGCCAGCCGCGAGCAAGUGGAAGCGAUUGCACAGGCUGUCCGCUUGUCCUUGAGCCCCGUGCUGGACGCCUCCGUGAAGGCCUACUGCGUGGCACAGCCCAUGAGCGGCACGGCCUUUGGAGUCGCGGUGCCCGAGGUGGAAGUGGUCGUCACAGUUGACGGCAAGGGGGCGGAUGGCAAGCUGCAGAAAUCCAUGAUUGGAACCUGCACAGAUCGUUUGGUGUCACAUGGAGACUUCAAGUUCAGGCGCAGCGCCUUCCGGGGCAGCGAACCCAAAGUGACCUUGAUCGCACCGGCACAGCAAGCCAGUGCCCCUUUCAACUUGGCUGUGAACGCGCUGACUCCGCUGCGCUGCAGCCAGCUUUUCGAGGCAGCCACGCAGCUGAACCCCAUGGCCGCGGAGCUGAUUCUGCUGGUACGGCGCUGGGCCAAGGAUCGUGGCGUCAGCCACGCUGCCAAGGGCCACCUGUCGCCCUACGGAUGGAUGCUGCUGGCCAUCUUCUACCUGCAGGAUGCGGAGCAGCUUCCUCCAAUGGGCUUUGUGCCCCAGUCACGCAGCUGCCCAGCCUUCAGUCCCAGCUCUGCAACCAGUGGUGAACUUCUCAAAGGCUUCAUGAAGUUCUACUCCUCCUUUGACUGGGCCAAAGAAAGCAUUGCAGUGCGAGCGGGCCAACGCAAAGCGCCUGUCAGGGCCCUUGUUCUGCUGCAUGAAGACGGCAAGACGCGCCCAGGACCCAACAUCGAGGAUCCAUUUGAACCAUCAAACAACUUGGGCUCUGGAAUGCAUUGGCUUAGCAUGGAGCGCUUGCAGGAGGAACUUGAACGCGCUGUGAAGCUGUCAGAAGCCUCGUCCUUGGCAGAUUUGCUGGAGCCUUGGACCCCACCUGAGAACUAGGCCACCUGUUUCAAUGACGGUAGCAGGGAGCCACGACACAAGUGCGGGGCCACUUCAGCGAGGAAAAGGUGGGACCUCCAGCGAGGCGGG